AUGGCACCCCCGCGUGGGGCAACCCUUCGUGCCGAUCUACUUCUGCGAGAGAUGCUUUACCACGUUUCGCCGUCCCACCGGGAGGAAGCGGACGAGACGUACGUGUGUCGCGGUGCAGCAUAUAUCCCCAACCUGGCUGGAGCUGCGAGUCGGGUCUGCGCACAGUGCUUUGAUGCUGCCCUGACUCGGGUGCUCUUUGGGGACUCUCUGCGUCUUCCCAUCCUCCCGUUCCAAGUUCUUCCCACCUCCUUGACUUUGGACAAGGAGAAACCAUCGUCGUUCACGUGUGAUAAUCUCCUUCUCCCCGAGACGGUGGCGUGUACUGGAUAUGGGCCGUUACACGUUCUCUCUGCCCCGGGAUGCGACCGGGAAUGGCCCAGGCUCCAAUUCUGUGCGCGGAAGGCCCGCCGUCUGGUGUAUUCCCAGAUACCCAUCCGUGCGGGGCGUGGCCCAUCUUCCCCCCCCAUCGUCUCUUCGUUUCGUACUUUGGGAUCACUUUCGAGUCCCCUGGUCUAUCGUGUGUGCUACUUCAGAGAUGCUCGGGAGGUCCGCCGUCUGGGUCCGUCGCUCUUUGUGGCUGCCCGACUUCCAAACCGUGUUCGAAUUGGCUCUUCAGUGUAUUCCCACUGCGCGCGUGGGCGCGUCCUCCCUGCCAUCGUCUCCGUUUCGUACUUCGGAAUCAUCGAGUGCAAAUCUAUUUUAUACAAUCAUCUGCUGACGGAAACAGCUACUGUCUCACUCCCGCUGUUUGCGCCCACAUACUGCAAGCACGCUCAUCAGGUCUAUGUGGAUUUCAAUAUCUGGGCUGCUUCUGUUAUCGGAUGA